AUGUCGACACCAUUUGCUCAUACACAUAUUUCACAUUUAACAAGAAUGAAACGUAGACGAUCUCAGUCUUUAACAUUACCAAAUGUAGAUCAACAAGACACACCAGGACAAAGUACUAAACGAAAACAUUUCUUGGCACAAUUACGAAAGGAACAUCGAAAACAAGAAAAUAAUCAAGAUAGCAAAAACGAAGAGCAAACUAGUGAUGAUGAUGAUGAUGAUGAACAUGAACCAGUAGUUACGAGAGUACCAGGAGCACAUACCUCAAUGUCAAAAAAGAAACAGACAUCAUCUUCAACGGCAAUUUCAGUUUCAGUUAAACAACACAUGUCAUCGACAUUACUCAAAGCUUUAACAGCACAGGAUCAGGAUGAAUUUCAACCAACAGUUACACGAAUAUCCGGGAUAUCACGUACAGCAUCAAUGAAGAAACAUACUUCAUCUACAGCAACAAAAAAAGAAACAACAUCAACAAAGAAAGAGACAACAACAACACACAAAACUACAUAUCAACAUGAAAAUGAAGAAAACUAUGAUUAUAAUUCAGAUGUUAAUCGAAUAUCAUCAGAAUCAACGAAAUCAUUGAAACAACAACCAUCGAUAACAGCUGGCAAAAAUUCAAUAACUAAUGCACCUCAAGUAUACCAAAAUUCAAUGGCUAAUGUACCUCAAAUAUAUCAAAAUCCAAUUCCAGCUUCGCCUAUAUCAUACAAAGAUAUAGAUUUUACUUCAUCACAAACAUCAGAUAAUCCUUAUGCAACAUCAUCGACAAAUAUAAUGUCAAAGUCUGAUCAAUUCGAUCAAGAAUUUCAUCUUGGUGAUAGCAAAGAUCAUGCACGAAGAAAUGAUACAAAAGAUCAUGGUACUAUCAAAAUAAAUGGACGAGAAAAAUAUUAUAACGUUUCUGGUGGAAAACAACCUACUAAAUCGAGUGCAAGUUACAUGACUGCUAUUAUUGCGAUAAUUGUUGGUGUGAUUGCAUUUGCUCUUGGCCUUACAGCAUUUAUACUUGUUUUAAUGCUUCGAUCAACUGUCUAUGCUAGUUUAACAACGAAUUCAACACAAACCUCAAGUAGUGGAACUUUUCCAUCUUCAUGUUCAUCCUAUACAACUCUCAAUGAUCCAACUAGAGGUGUAACAGCACCAGGUUAUGCACUUGGUUGUGACAAUACAGCACCAUUUUUAAAUCGAACUGCACCUGUUUGGAUAAGAUUUAUGGGUACGGGUGGUACUACUCUUCCUUUAACUCCACCUGGCCUGAAUCUAUGUGGUUCUACAGGUACUGGUUGGUACGCUGGUGCAAUGCCAUCAUCAGGUGCAAUGGUAAAUGGUACUGUAUGUUUUAAUUGGGACACUGCUGUAUGUCGAUAUUCUUCGUUUAUUAGUGUCGUAAAUUGUGGUUCAUUUUAUAUCUAUAAUUUGCCUCCUGCACCAGCAUGUAUGAUGCGUUACUGCACUAUUUAA